CCAGCGGGACCUUACACAGCCGCCCGCUAGGAGUCGCUGUAAACACUGCGCUCUGCUGAGAGGCGGUUACUGGUCACAGGAAGCGGAUGUGUACGGACAGCAAGCUGUCUAACCAGAGUAAGGAAAUGAAAACAGAGGGUGACGCUCUUGCCCAGAGUUCUCUACUGCUCUGGCGGAGUUGUGCUGAGGUGAGAACAGAGAGUAGGUGCUGAGUUGAGGAGACUGCACCUGGGAUUGCGAGACCCCCUGAUAGGAUAGAGACAGCGCCAGAGGAGCGAACGGCGGGGACAGGACACUGCAGCUGGAGCGCUUCACCCUGGGAGGCAGGGGCAGGAGGCAGAGGAGUACGGAUUGGAUUCACAUGCUGUAAUCCUAGGAGCAGCCCGUACACACCGCCAGCAUGGCCCCCAGCCUGCUACCCCCCCAGCACUGCUACUGCUGCUGCGGCCGCUACCAUGGAGAGAGGACCAGCAGAACCGGGCGGAGUGAGAGGAGCCCCCGCACCCCAUGUACCGGGGUCUAUAGCCUGCUCCUCACCCUCAUCACCCUGCACACCGCCCGCAGCCACACGGAAGCAUUCAUACAGUCAGAUAAUAUAAUUGAAGUGCUUCGAUUUGAUGAAGGAGGCCUUUUAGAGACGGAGACAACGAUCGGCCUCAGUUCAUAUCAGCAGAAAAGCGUCUCCUUACAAAGAGGGAACUGUAGGCCAAUACGGUUUGAGCCACCCAUGUUGGACUUUCAUGAACAGCCCGUGGGGAUGCCCAAAAUGGAAAAAGUUUACUUGCACAAUCCUAGUUCAGAUGAAACUAUUACUUUAAUAUCUAUAUCAGCAACAACAUCGCAUUUUCAUGCAUCUUUUUUUCAAAAUAGGAAAAUUCUCCCAGGGGGGAACACAUCAUUUGAUGUCGUGUUUCUCGCAAGAGUAGUGGGAAACGUUGAAAAUACUUUAUUUAUUAACACCUCAAAUCAUGGGGUAUUUACCUAUCAGGUUUUUGGAGUUGGGAUCCCUAACCCAUAUCGGUUGCGCCCAUUCAUUGGGGCACGAGUUCCUGUAAAUAGCAGUUUUUCACCUUUAAUUAAUAUUCACAACCCCCACAGUGAACCUUUACAGGUGGUAGAAAUGUAUUCCAGUGGGGGUGAUCUGCACUUAGAGCUUCCAACUGGACAGCAGGCAGGCACCAAAAAAUUAUGGGAAAUACCACCAUAUGAAACAAGGGGUGUAAUGCGUGCAAGCUUCUCUUCUCGAGAGGCUGACAAUCACACUGCCUUCAUUAGAAUUAAAACAAAUGCAUCUGACAGCGCAGAGUUCAUUAUCCUUCCCGUGGAGGUGGAAGUCACAACAGCUCCUGGGAUUUAUUCAUCAAUAGAAAUGCUAGAUUUUGGUACAUUACGGACACAAGAUGUUCCCAAAGUUCUAAAUCUCCAUUUACUAAAUUCCGGAAUUAAAGAUGUUCCAAUAACUAGUGUUCGAUCAAUGCCACAGAAUGAUGCAGUAACUGUGCACUUCAAACCCAUAACUUUGAAAGCUUCUGAGAGCAAAUACACCAAAGUUGCAAGUAUAAGUUUUGAUGCAUCAAAAGCAAAGAAGCCAUCACAGUUCUCUGGUAAAAUUACUGUUAAAGCAAAAGAGAAGAGUUACUCAAAACUUGAAAUUCCUUAUCAAGCAGAAGUGUUGGAUGGGUACCUGGGAUUUGAUCAUGCAGCCACAUUAUUUCACAUUCGGGAUAGUCCAUCAGAUCCAGUGGAGAGACCCAUCUUCUUGACAAAUACCUUUAAUUUUGCUGUUCUUAUCCAUGAUGUCUUGUUGCCUGAAGAUGCCAAGGCAACAUUUAAGAUCCAGAAUUUCAGUUCAAAUGUAUUAAUUUCUCCUGGGGAAUCAAGAUAUAUAUUUUCAUUAACGUUCACACCAUCUACAUCCUCUGUUCAUAUAGACAACAAUAUAUUGCUCAUCACCAAUGCGUCAAAAUUUCACCUUCCUAUACGAGCAUACACAGGCUUUUUAGAUUACUUUGUUUUACCUCCUAAACCAGAAGAACGCUUUCUAGAAUUUGGUAUCCUAAGUGCAACAGAAUCAAGCAGUCUUCUAAUAGCUAUAAUAAAUAAUAAUCCCAUAGAGUUGGCCAUAAAAAGUUGGCAUGUUAUUGGAGACAGUCUUGCCAUAGAACUUCUAGCAACAGAAAAGGGAAACAGGAGCAGCAUAAUAGCAAACCUUUCAGAGAUUGAAAACUCCACUGCAUCUGGCCGCAGUUCAGUUAUAUUAACUUCAGGUUAUUAUGCAGUGUUUCGUGUGACAUUGACGGCAAAAGAACUCGAAGGAUUCUAUGAUGGAGGCAUACAGAUAACUACAGAUUAUGAGAUCUUGACAGUCCCUGUAAAGGCUGUGAUUGCUGUCGGCUCAUUAACCUGCUCCCCCAAGUACAUUACUCUUCCAGCUUCCUUUCCGGGAAAAUUAGUUCAUCAGAGUUUGCAUAUUAUGAGUUCCUUCUCACAGAAGGUGAAAAUACAACAAAUACGCUCCUUAUCGGAGGACAUCAGAUUUUUUUAUAAGAGAUUGAGGAGCAUUAAAGAUGAAUUAGAGCCUGGGAAAAAAUCUAAGAUAGCCAAUAUAUAUUUUGAUGCUGCUUUAAAUUGUGGUGACCACUGUUAUGUUGGACUUCAAUUUUUAUCAAAGAAUGAAGUGAAGACUCAACACCAUUUAGCAAUGCAAGAGGAUGUUUGGGACACAGAUUGGGACAACUAUGAAAACCUUUAUAAAAAAUGGUCUGAAAUCCGUGAAAAUUCGAAUUUACCUGAAGCUGUGUUUGAAGUUGACACUGAUCUUCAGAAAAAUGUCCUUUCAGAAGUAAAGGCCGAGCUUAUAUGGCCAUCUAUUGUUAGCUCGUCCCGUCAUGUACACUUUCCUCUAACCAAUACCAACUCGUCAUCGGAAGAAGAAAUUGCACUAGAGAACCCUGCGGAUGUAUCUGUUUAUGUCCAGAUCCUCCCCCUGGCACUUUAUGCUAAUAGUUCUUUGGUGCUAGAUAGAAUAUUAGACAGAUUCAAUAUUAGUAAGUCGCUAAAUAUAGAUCUGAAGACACUUGAAUUCAAAGUAUUUAGAAAUAAUGUAAGUAUGCAGGUGCAGCCUGUACUGAGCAGUCAAGGUUUUGUGGAAGGACCAUUCCGUCAGUCUGUACUUAAUAUUAUUCUUAAGCCUGGAGAGAAAAAGAGUGUUAAAGUCCGAUUCACUCCAGUGCAAAACCAAACUGUAUCUUCGUUACUCAUAGUCAGAAAUAAUUUAACAGUCAUUGACGUAAUAACGGUAAAAGGGCAAGGAGCAAAUGAGAACAUAAAGAUUGGUGGAAAAUCCCCUGGCCCAGGGAGCUCCUUGAGGUUUAAAAUUACAGAAGCCACCCUGAAGGAAUGCUCCGACAAAAUAAAGCCCAGAGAACCAAACUUCACCCUUAAGAGAACAUUCAAGGUUGAGAACACAGGGCAGCUUCAAGUCACAGUUAAAAGCAUGGAAAUUAGUGGAUAUUCCUGCGAAGGAUAUGGAUUCAAGAUAUUGAAUUGUCAGGAGUUUGCACUUGGUCCUAAUUCCUCUAAAGAAAUUGUCAUAUUGUUUACACCAGACUUCACAUCCUCACGAGUAAUUCGUGAACUAAAGAUUGUUACAGCAGGAGGUUCUGAAUUUGUUUUUAUACUAAAUGCAUCGCUUCCAUACCACAUGCUGGCAUCAUGUGCAGAAGCACUUCCCCGGCCCAACUGGGAGUUGGCAUUGUAUGUCGUAAUCUCAGGAAUUAUGAGUUUGCUGUUCCUUUUGGUUAUUGGAACAGCCUACUUAGAAGCUCAAGGAAUAUGGGAGCCAUUCAGAAGGCGGCUCUCUUUUGAGGCAUCAAAUCCUCCUUUUCAGUUGGGCCGACCCUUUGAUCUCAGAAGGAUAGUUGGCAUUUCCACAGAAAGCAACUUUAAUUCUGCUGGAAGUGACUCAAACAGCUCUAACAGGGGGUUGUAUAGUGGGAACUCUAGAACCACCAGUAAUCACAAGCAGAGCAACCCAACAUCUAGCCUCAACAGGAAUACAUCUGAUGUGGAACCAGUUAGAGCGAAAAACUCUGGUGUAUCCAACAGAAUAUCAGCACCAGUGUCUACAACACAGCCAUCUAGCAAAGCUUCCUCCCUGCCCACAGACUCUAGCAGUGCUGCUCAUAGUUCAACUUUAACAAGGCGUACACGUGGAACAAAACCAAAUCUUGCCCCUCCGCAAGGACCAGGCUUACAGGAGCAGCUUGUGCCAACACAAUCACCAAUAGUGCCUCAGACACAGCCAGAGCAACCACCAGAGAUGCCCCGAACAGGGGCCUCUAACACUUCUCACCCAGAGUACUAUGGAAGCAGUGGCGGUAAUAUUAGGCAUAGUUCAGAUGACUCUGAUAUAACAAAUCUUAUAGAGGUUAUGGAUAAAGAUUUUGACAAUUCUGAACCCCCUCCAUCAGAUGUGUUUUCAGAACAACCUCCAUCUCCAGCAGCAAAAAAUAAAGGAAAGGGGAAAUCUCUUCAGCAUAAACUUAAAUUCCAAAAGAAACAGGAGGAGAAGGAAAGACGAGGAAAAUCCAAGACACACGAAGAUGAGCUGAAGGACUCUCUUGCAGAUGAUGACAGCUCUUCCACCACUACUGAAACUUCUAAUCCUGACACUGAGCCACUUCUCAAAGAGGAGCCUGAAAAAAUGAAAGGAAAACAAGCCAUUCCUGAUAAAAUAGAAAGUGAAGUUGGUAAAAUAAAACAUAAGAGCAAGAAAGUUCUUAGCUCCAACAAAAAGGAGAAUGUAACAGAAGUUAAACCAAGCUCUUUGGAAUUGCCAUACACCACCCCCUUGGAAAAUAAACAGCAUAAAAAUUUUACCAAAAUGUCUGUACAGCACUCUGUAGUGAAUGGAUCAAAACCAAGAAAUCUGCAGAAAACAAGAGGUACCAACAGUAAGCUAAUGGAGAACAGGCAGUCAAUGCUGGCGAAACUUCUUCCUAGUCGUACUGGUCAGGAACUAGGCAAUACCAGCAGCUCAGAAGGCGAGAAAGACUCCCCACCUCCAGAGUGGGACUCUGUGCCAAUUCAUUUAGCAGGCAGCUCAGCAGACAGCCUUUACAAACUGUCUGUCCAGACGCACAAUGCUGAUGACUUCUUAAAGCAACGGCAAACCUCACCAGCUCCUACCUCCCCUUCACCACCUCCAGCACUGGGCUAUGGGGCAAGAAGCAGCUACAGCAGCAUUGUCAACAACUCAAGCCUUCAUGAAUUAAGAAUGAAUUCUACUGUUGCCAAACCUAAGCUGACUAAAGCAUCAUCUCUUCCCGGAAGGAAUGGCAAUCCCACAUUUGCUGCUGUAGCUGCAGGCUAUGACAAGAACCCAGGUGGCAGUGGGUUAUCAAAAUCAUCUGCUGUAAAAAGUGACCUUUCUAACAGCAUCAGCAUGUCACAUACAUUCUCUGUUGACAGUGAUAACUCUGAUAGCUCUGGCUUGUGGAGCCCCAUCAGCAGUCCCAACAGUCCUGAUUAUGUUGCACUGAAUUCAUUCUCUGCUUUUGGACCAAGCAAUUCUUUCAAUUUAACAGGAGAAGUUUUUAGCAAGCUUUCUUUUCCACGAAACACAUAUGCCCAAGAUACCCAAAAGAAAUGGACAGAUUUUGAAUCCACAUCCUCAGUCUGGGACCCCCCUGCUCCAGACUCUGCACCUACAUGGCCUACCAGCACUGGAUCCCCUACCCACGUAACAUCUUCCAUUCUUGGAAACUCUGGCAGCCUGUGGUCUACAACAAUCCCCUUCAGCAGUUCCAUCUGGUCCAGUAAUCCGAGCACCACCCUUCCAUAUACCACUCCUGCAAAUCCAUUACCUGGAAUUGAUUUAAUUGGAGGAGAAAGUACAUGUCCCACAUCCAGCUCUGCAUCGGCUUCUGCAUCCCAUAGCUCUGAAAACUUGCCUGGACAAGCAUACAACCCAUGGGCUCCAAUAUGGAGCCCAACAAUUGGAAGAAGAAGUUCAGAUCCUUGGUCAAACUCCCACUACGCUACUGAGAACUAACCACAACCAGAAAUGUAACCCUGAUAUGGGAGUGUUCUGCUUUAAAAUCUGCCAAUUCUUUUUGAAGACAGAGUCUCUCCUUUGCUAUCAGUUGUCUGUUCUUGGCUUUUUAUUUAUUUUUUUAAACCCCAAAUUACAAUCUUGUACAAAAUUUCUAGUUCCAUCUUUUAUUUAAAUUCUCAGAAUGUUCUCCUAGAGAGGGACCUACAAUUGGGCAGAAAUAUAAAAAGAACGUCAGUAAAACUGUACACAAGGGAAUAGAAUGGGUACAAAUUGCCACCACAUUUAUUUAUUUUGCACAUGUGCCACAAAGCAGCCCUCUGUUCAAACAUAUCCUUGCCCUUAUGAGAUGACAGAAGAAUAAGCACCCCCACCCCCAAGUAUUAUGUUUCUAAUUGAAGAUAGGUAUAUAUGCAGACAUAGCAGUCUACGCUAUAAGUGCAAUGGCCAUUUAAUUGCAAGCAGUUUCAGUUUUUUUGUAUUAACUCAAUGAACAAAAGCUAAAUACAGCCAAGAGCAGUGUCAAUGCUCUGUAUGGGCUGCUCAGCGCUUUUCCCUGUACUUUCAGUUCUUUAUCAUGCAUUUUUAAAAAAAGGAAAAAAAUAAGAAAAAAGUUAAUUUUACAUGCUCCUUGUAAAAUUCUGUGAGCAAAACAGGAUUUGUUGAGCAAUUCAUACAACUUUGAGUUGUAAUUUAAAUAAAUAAGGCACUUUUUCAAUAUG